CGGAUAUUUGACAGCCGUCUACCUCUGUCGGAGUGCGAUGCACACGUGACAUGCCGGCUUUAGAAGCAAAGCAGAAGCAGCAGAAGCAGCAGCAGAACAAGAAACAGUAUGGCUGUCUCCAGCUCCAGAAUCACAACGCUUUCUCAGCAGCACACGCAGAAGGAGUACCAGCUCACACACGACCCGAUAACUGUCCUUUUCCCUGAUCUUUCUGACGACUUCUUCUUUCACGACCCAAACGACCCAGACGACCCAGACGAUGCUGCUGCUGAUACUGACGAUUCCAGGUUCAAUUGCCAUUUGUUGACUCCAUGGUCCUUCAGUGGAAUGGACCAGUUUACCGCUGGUUUGAAGGCAAUCCGGGCCAGAAAAUCGUAUUUUGCCUCUUCCAUCACAAAUAUUCCCUACCACAGAUUGAUCAACUUAGCGAAUCGCACUUUUGGCUUUGACGGAUGGUCAACAGAAAUAGUGCCUGGUUCCUUCAGCUUGAUUACGCUAGACACUGUUUUGGCUCAAUUCGAAGACAACGACAAAAACUUUAUCGAAAAUUAUUACAAUAAUCUCAACAAUAACAUCAUAAAAAACGAGUCUGAUUUGGAUUUCGACAUCGAUUUAAAUCAAGAAUGUCGUGCUGCUAACACCGAAAGAACUCUUCACAACACUGCCAUCAACAACGAUAACGCUGACCCAGACUCAGGUGUCGACAAAAAAUACGCCUACAAUGUAAAGACAUCCAUCACUGUCAAGAUUACACUAAGUGAUGGCUUUUAUCAUCAAUCUAUCGGUUAUGGCCAGGCUCAAAAUUAUCCUUCAAAACCACUAGCUCUUCAAAAAUCAAAAAAAGAGUCUGUGACAAAUGCAAUCAAGGCCUGUUUUGCCGAUUUUCCCUUGAUUUUUCAAACGUAUCGGAGCGAGUUGCUAGAUGAAAUCUUUCACGAACCAAUUAGCUCAAAAUAAUUCAUUUCAAAAAUUCAUUUGCUUCUCUUUAAAUUUGCCUAAUCUUAAAGAUCCGUCACGGUGGAAUAUUUUAUCAUGCAUAUUCAUGCUCCUUAUGCGUCUUCCAUCAAACAAAAAAUUA